AUGGGAUCAGCUUCGUCCACGCUCUCCUCCAAUGACAACCCGCCACCUGUGACAACCGCACCCGCACCAUCCUAUGGGGUAUUCGGGUCGGCUGGCACCGCAUCAGGCGGCCAGCUGUUCGUGUCGCUCCGUCUAGUCGACUCGCAUCCGUCGUCCCCGUUAGAAUCCGCCGCGUUAGAUUCACCGCAGGAGUCCGGGCCAUCUCAGCUCAUUCCGCAUGUGGUCGGCGCGCAUCCGCUCGUCGGCGCAUGGGAUCCCCUCGCUGCGGUGCCUAUGGAGCGGGAUUCGCUGUGCGCGUGGCAGCUGAACGUGGUGCUGCCAGCACAGCACGCGCCGUUGGAGUUCAAGGUGGUGCUCAAGACAGUGGGCGGCAUGAUCAUGCUCGACGACCCCUGCCUCCUAGAAGAGGGCCCCCCUCGCCAAAUCAUUGCUGGACACCUGGCAGGCCCUCACUCGUCCCGUCCCGCCCGGUUCCUCCUGAGGGACCUGUGGAGGAAGGUAGAGGGGCGCGGAGGGGAAGGGGGGAGCAGCGCGGUAGGGGGAAGCGUUGGGGGGAGCGCGGGGGAGAAUGCGGGGGGGGAUGCGGGGGAGAGUGGAGAGGAGGUGGCGUUUCCUGUGGAGAUGAGUGCGAGGGCGGUGUCGCCGUUUGUGCUGGCAGCGGCGUGGAAGCUGUACGAUGGGGCCAUCUCGUCGCAGGGCACGCUGGUGCGCGGCAUUCCUGAUGUCUGCGCCGAUGCCUUGCCCCUGCCCACUCCCUCCCACGUGUCGCCCGUGCUCACUCCCCUCCUGUCAGACUCACUCUUGGACUACGAGGUGCCGCCGCCACCACACAAGGUGCCGCUCUAUGCAGCAGACGCCACAGAGGACCCGCGCUUCCUGCGCCAGUCCGCGGACGCGCCCCUCUCCGCCUCGCUCUCCCUCUCCUCCGCCAGCCCGGGGGGCGCCAGUGCGGGUGGUGUGGUAACGAGGGUGAGCAGUGCGCCACACAGCACGGGGCACACACCGCAGCAGUCACCGUCGCCCAUGAUGCGAUCCGUGGUCUCUAUCAAGGACCUGGUGCUGCUGGGCGAGGAGGAGCAGUCACGUAUGGACAAUGCGGCUCUCGCAGCAGCGGCAGCAGGGGAGCACGCGCAUGAGCCGGGAGCAGCAAGAGAGGACGUGUCAGCGGCGGCUGCUGCUGCUGCAGGGCUGGUUCAGGUGCCCAGCCCUGCUGACGCUGCCAUGCAGCGCGCUCAGUCGCGCCUUCUGCAGCAGCAGCAGCAGCAACAGCAGCAGCAGCAGCAGCAACAGGCAGAAGCAGAGGCACGGGCAGAGGCAGAGGAAGAAGCAGAGAGAGGUUUGGAGGCGCUCAGGCUGGAAGGUGCAGCAGUGGGGCCUGGCAUUGGGCAGCAGCAGGGCGCGGUGGGCACGCCGCCUCCGCACGUGCUGGGUCCUGUGAAGUUCCUCAGUGCGCGCAGCUCUGGCAGCAAUGGCAGCUGCGGUGGCCUUGCCGAUCUGGACCUUGAUCAUCCGCGGCUGUCGUUCCCUGAGGACCUGCCCGAGGCAGCGGGAGCAGUGGCGGCAGCAGCAGCGGCGGAGAGGCUGCUGGGACCCAAGGAGAGGCGCCGCCUUGCUAUCAUCAUGGUGGGGCUGCCAGCACGUGGCAAGACGUUCACAGCAGCGAAGCUCACGCGCUACCUGCGAUGGCUGGGCCACGAGACCAAGCACUUCAACGUCGGCAAGUAUCGGCGACUGAAGCUGGGAGCCAGUCAGACAUCGGAUUUCUUCAGAGCUGACAACUUCGAAGGCAUAGAGGCCCGCAACGAGGUGGCAGUAGAGGCAUUCACGGACAUGCUCGCAUGGAUGGAUGAAGGGGGGCAGGUGGGCGUGUUUGACGCCACCAACAGCACCAGGGCGCGCCGCAACAUGCUGCUGGAACUAGCGGAGCACAAAUGCAAGGUGAUCUUCCUGGAGUGCAUCUGUGACGAUGCGUCUGUGAUCGACCGCAAUGCACGGGAGAAGAUCAAGGCGUCUCCAGACUACACCAGCAUGGCCGAUGCUGAGACUGCUCUCAACGACUUCCGCUCGCGCCUUGACAACUACCAACAGGUGUACGAGCCAGUGGAGGAGGGGUCAUACAUAAAGCUCAUCAACAUGGUUUCAGGCUCCUCCGGGCAGCUGCAGGUGAACAACAUCAGUGGGUACCUCCCUGGCCGCAUUGUCUUCUUCCUUCUGAACACGCACAUCACCCCGCGUCCGGUGCUGCUGACAAGGCACGGGGAGAGCAUGGACAACGUGCGGGGCAGAAUAGGCGGCGACCCCCUGCUCAGCCCAGCGGGGGAGAUCUAUGCGGAGAAGCUAUCCGAGUUUGUGCACAAGCGCCUGCGCAACGAGCGCCUCGCAUCUGUGUGGACCAGCACUUUGCGUCGCACCAUCCGCACCGGCCGGCACAUUGCAGGGUUCCCCAAGGUGCAAUGGAGGGCGUUGGAUGAGAUAGAUGCGGGCGUGUGCGAUGGCAUGACGUACCUUGAGAUCCGCCAGAGCAUGCCCGAUGAGUACCGUUCUCGCAAGGCGGACAAGCUGCGGUACCGCUACCCACGUGGGGAGUCGUACCUGGAUGUCAUUCAGAGGUUGGAGCCAGUGAUAAUAGAGCUGGAGAGGCAGAGACACCCUGUCGUCAUCAUUGCGCACCAGGCGGUGCUGCGAGCGCUCUAUGCAUACUUCAUGGACAAGCCACUGAGGGAGGUGCCUCACAUCGAGGUGACUCCCCCGCCUUUCCCUCACCCGUUACCUGCUGCUUUCACCACAUCAUGCACACUCUCGCUCUUGCUUCCAUCUCCGUAUGCCGUUGCACACCAUUAUCGAGCUCACCACAGGUGUGGGUGGGAUCACCGAGAAGCGUUUUAA